GUUCAAAUUUUGAAACCCGGAAGUCGACCGUUGGGGUCUUCUUGAGGCAGCUAAGACUUGCCGGUUUCCUCUCUCGCCAAGUACUGGAUUCAUCUAAGAUUUUGAAGCAAAAGUGCAGGGACUACAUGAUGAGACGCCAUGGCUGGCAGCGACCCCUUCAUCCUUUACAGAUAGUGGGCAUGGCUAUUUAUGCUUUUCUGGUGGUCUCAUUCUAUUGUUUCCUGGGGCUUUUCCUUGGAAACAGAAUUGCCGAGAUUACAGUGACUACAGUCUUUUCCUUUGUGGCCCUUUCGGUCAUGUUUCUAUUUAUAAGAUGCACUGCCAUUGAUCCAACUGACAAAACCAGAUUAAAGAAGAAGAGAAGAUCCAAGUAUGGUGGAUUCUCAAAGUUAAAUUAUGGAUUCAUAUUGGGCCAGAUUGUUGUGAGAUUUUUUAGGAGGAUGGAAAGGAAGAUCCUUCGAACUUGUAUAAGAAGGAAGUACCUAGAUCAAUGGAAUACCACACCUCAAAUUGAGCCCUUGCUUCCAUUUCCCCUUGUUGUAAAAGAUGACGCCAUUGCUCCUGACCCAAAAGAGGAUGACAUCUCAUUUUGCGCCCUUUGUGAUUUUGAGGUUAAAAAAAACAGCAAGCACUGUAGGUCCUGCAACCGGUGCGUUGAAGGGUUUGAUCACCAUUGCAGGUGGUUGAACAACUGUAUUGGGAAAAGGAAUUACACAACAUUCUUUCUUCUAUUGACAUUUGUAUUGUUGAUGCUUGUCAUAGAAGGAGGUACUGCCGUAGCCAUAUUCAUCAGGUGCUUUGCAGAUAAGAAAGGGAUAGAGGGGGAGCUGGAGAGGAAACUCUAUUUAGAGUUUCCACGAGGCCUACUUGCAACCAUAUCAGUCCUUUUGGUUCUGAUGACUGCAUAUGGUUCAGCAGCAUUGGGACAACUUUAUUUCUUUCACAUUGUCCUCAUUCGGAAGGGAAUGAGAACAUAUGAUUACAUAUUGGCAAUGAGAGAGGAGAACCAACCUAUGGAACUAGAUCCAUUCAACGAUUCAGACUUUUCUUCAGAUGAUAGCUCUGAAUUUGAUUCACCUGAAAAGCCAACAUUUGUGUCUCGGUUUAUAUGCAGAGGACAGAGAAUGAAUCAGAACCCGACAAGAAGACUGUCCAUAAGAAUUGAUGAAGAUCCUGCAACCUCCAACUUGAUCAAGAAGCAAGGCUUUCGAGCAGGCAUUGACCCCUGGAAAUUGAUCAAGAUGAGCAAAGAGAAAGCUCUUCUGGCAGCUGAGAAAGCCAGAGAAAGGCUCAUGAAACAGAAACCAGUUGUGGAACAUGAUGCAUUGCAGCCACUGCCAUUGGAGACGAAAAGUGGACCUCUAAUGAACCCAGAGAGGAAAACAGUAAAUGAUCAUUCAAGCUUGUCGCCUCUCACUUCAAAAGGGACAUUUCCAGGGUCACCUGGACGAUUGUCUAGCCCAAGAAGAAGAUUUUCCAGCUCUCCCACUGUACUCUCUGGUGUUGUGCCAUCACCAAAGCACAAGUAUAGGAGCAACUUCGACUUGAAGUUAACUGAGGUGUCCAGGGAGCUUGAAACAUAUAUUUCAAGGCAGGUUCUGUGUUCAGUUUUGAAGAAGGAUGGGAGUGAGGCAUCCCCCAGAUAGCUGUUCUGUUUAAACUUUUGGAUUCUCAACCUUUGAGAAAUACUGUUUGUUUGGCUUUGUGUAUUCUUCUUGAUUUCUGUUACACAUGAAAUUCAAAUUGACAUACCUAUGUAUCCUUGACAAUUCUUUCUCACUAUCCCGAUUGAAAUUAACACAUCUUUUUGUUA